ACGCUCCGCAGCGGCCGUCAUUUGUCCACGAUCCGUCGAGUGGUACGCUUUUCACUCUGUUAUUUUCACGGUGUAGUGUCACGGCCGUUUUUCCUGGGGAAAACGUACGAGCCUGCUCUCGACGGUUUCCACCCUUCUGCCGUUUCAACCGAUCAAAACCAAAUCGGCGGGGGAAAAAAAGAGGAAACAAUGAGUCGCUGGUUAAGGGCGACUGGAUGUACGCGUGGAAUUCGAUUUGACGUGCCGGGAUCCGAAGAAACGAUCGAGUAUCCGUGGUGUCUGUGUGUUCGCCGAUGAGGAUAUUACUUUUAUUCAGUGCGGUCAUCAUGAUCAUCGACCGAAGAAGGAACGAGAGAUAACUCCACGGAUAACUUCGCGCGCGGGAUCGCGCACGGAUCGCGAUCGGAUGACUCGAUCAGCGAAAUUGCCCGAUAUUGCGGCGAAACAACGAUCGAUCAAGCUGACGAGAUCUGUGAAUUAUGGAAUUUUCGGGCCGGUACCUCGUGACCAUCGACAAUAUCACGGAGCUGAUGAAUCUGAGCGAAUCCGAGUACGUGAAAUCGAUUUGGGGCCCGAAGAAUCUGCCACUGACCCUCGUCCUGCCGAUCACCAUCGUCUACAUCCUGAUCUUCGUCACUGGCGUGUUCGGCAACGUGGUUACCUGCAUCGUCAUCAGGCGGAACCCCGUCAUGCAAACCGCAACUAACUACUAUCUGUUCAAUCUGGCGAUAUCCGACCUGCUUCUCUUAAUACUCGGAUUGCCCAAUGAGUUGAGCGUAUUCUGGCAGCAAUAUCCAUGGACACUCGGAGUGGGUUUGUGUAAGAUACGAGCGUAUGUUUCAGAAAUGUCUUCUUACGUGUCCGUGCUAACGAUAGUGGUGUUCUCGUUGGAGCGAUACCUAGCGAUAUGCCAUCCUCUACAUCUGUAUGCAAUGAGCGGACUGAAACGACCUGUACGAUUCAUCGUGGGUGCCUGGGUGCUAGCUCUUAUCUUCGCUCUGCCCUUUGCCGUGUACACCACCGUCAAUUACCUCGAGUAUCCACCAAGAUCAGGUCGCCACUCCGAGGAGUCAGCAAUGUGCGCGAUGUUGCUGCCCAACAUGCCGAAAUUCCCGCUUUACGAGCUUAGCUGCCUCAUAUUCUUCCUCGUACCGAUGCUGUCCAUCGCGGUGCUUUACGUAAGGAUGGGCCUUCGAAUACAAAAUAACGGCCUCGGGCGCAGCAUCGAGGGUUCCGUUCACGGAGAGACGAAGCAGGCUCAAUCACGAAAAGCCAUCAUCCGAAUGCUCAGUGCGGUCGUGAUAACAUUUUUUAUCUGCUGGGCGCCCUUUCACGCUCAGCGCUUGUUGUACGUGUAUCAGGUGUCCGCCUUCGACGAUAUUAACGACUGGCUAUAUCCGCUGGGCGGCUGCCUGUACUACUUCAGCACCACCGCGAACCCGAUCCUGUACAACCUGAUGAGUGCCAAGUACAGGAUAGCAUUCAAGAAAACGCUCUAUUGCACACCGACCAGUCCCGCCAUCACGAGGGAUGAUCUCAGCAGUAUGAAGGACAGCACGGUCUGUGGUUGUGGGUCUAGAAGAGGAUCCCAGGUGGUUCGCGUGAGAAGUGUACAUUAUCAACAUAGCAUUAGAUGCCACGCGUCGCAUGCGAGCGAGAUGCUUCGCUUGUCGUCGAGACUGCGUCUCGACGACGAGGACGACGAGGUGAGCCACUGCGACAUGGAGAAGUCCAUGAUAAACCUCCCGAGUCCCGACGUGCAGCCACCGAACACGAGGAACAAGUCAUCAUUCAUCGUGCGGUCUAGCAAUGGCAGAGCCAAGUGUCAAUCCACCAGCGAAAAAACGAUGGACGGUACCACAGUGACUGUGGCGAACGAGACGUGUAUCUGAUGCACGGUUUCUCACGGUGGACGAAGAAGAAAGAAACAUUAUGGGAGGAUCGCGAGGGUCACUCUUGAUCCGGGUCUCGACAAGAAAAUGCCGUGUCGCUUCCGCAUACACGACCAGGCCGACGUCGCGAUCGGCUUAGGGAAUGACGCGUGUCAUCUCACGCUGAAGAACGAUUACCGCAGGAGGAUGUGCCGCGACGUCAUCAUUCCCGCAGGACAUGCCCGCCGCCGGAAUGACAAGCCGAAUUUUGCGGAAAGUUGCAUUUGAGUGAGUGUCUCCUAGAGAAACGUGGAAAGUUGCAUCCGCGGGGAACAAUGCUGUGUGUCAAGAGAAACUGGGAAUGUUUGGCAGGAGUUGUGCUUAUUUACCAGUUGUCAGACAUCAGUGUCUCCCUCGGCGAAGAUUUCAAAGUUAAUUAAAUCCUGCACGCGGAAUUAGACUGGUUAAUUAGCACGAGCGAGUCGUGCGUACCGGUCGCUCGCGCCUAACAAGGGAACUAUACGAGUGAUGAAUUUGAGUUGCAGGAUGAGACCGAGUGCGGUCUGAUAGAAGCAGAUCUCAGGUGUGCGCAGUUCUCUAAGUGCAGAAGACUGGAAGGAGAAUGGUGCGAGGGAGAGUGUUUCAAGUUGUUGAUUGUGUGUAACGUAAUUCGAAGCGACAACAAUCGAUAUAAUCCAAGUUAACUGUAACUUGCAAAGUAAUAUACAUAUAAAUUGACUUUUGGCCUUUUGAUUAUAAUUCGACGGAAUCAAUUAAAAGUAUUGUAACGCAGUUUUAGUAUUUUUAGAUAUUUUCAGGUACGAUUACUUUUCUAUAUUAUUUUAUAAUUACUUCGCAACUUUCUUGAAAAAUAAGUUAAAUUUCUAAUACUUUUUAUUACUACCGUCGUAUUAUAUGCUUCACGGUUAAUUUUUGAACAUA